AGUACGUUUUUGAACAGCGCGGAGGUUAGCAGCUACAAUACAUGGAUGGCAAGUAGUUGGUUAGAUACAUACUUCUACCACCAUCAGUACCAACAGUAGCAGAAAUCGUCCAUCUGCAAUAUUUUUGUAUUGUUGUAAUUGUUACAGCAACAAGCGCUGUAACCAUAGGCAGGGUGUGCAUCGAUGCAUUUAUGUUAAAUUGUAUUUCAUUUAAGAGCGAAUCGAAAUAAUCUAAUUAAAGUGAAAAUAUCUUAAAACUAAGAUAAAUAAAAUAAAUUUUAUACAAUAUAAUACAGUGUUGAAAGUUAUAUACGUAAAUUGUUGUAUUCGUAAAGGAAAUAUACUAAAAUUUAAUGUAUAAUAUAUAAAAUUUCAAAGGAAAGAAUCUGUAAAGUUGACGAAUUAUAAAACCUAUAUACAUUACUUAAGAAAACCGGAAAAGCAAAACAUCUGUUUUCAAGAUGGCACUUUUCGGGAUGGUAUCAGCCGUCUCUGGCUUUAUAAAAAUAAGAUAUUUACUAGACAAAGCAGUUAUAGAUAAUAUGGUCUUUCGCUGCCAUUACCGAAUUACAACAGCAAUACUAUUCGUAUGCUGUAUCAUAGUAACUGCUAAUAAUUUAAUUGGGGAUCCAAUUUCUUGCAUAAAUGAUGGUUCCAUACCAAUGCACGUUAUAAACACAUUUUGUUGGAUAACGUAUACAUUUACCAUACCACGACAACAGUAUAAACAAAUUGGCACAGAAGUUGCAAGUCAUGGCUUGGGUAAUGAAUUCGGUCAAGAGAAAAGAUAUCACAGCUACUAUCAGUGGGUGCCAUUCGUGUUAUUUUUCCAGGGUCUCAUGUUCUAUAUACCACAUUGGAUUUGGAAAAACUUAGAAGAUGGUAAAAUGCGUAUGAUAACUGAAGGUUUACGUGGUUUUGUUACAAUACCAGAGGACUAUCGUAAAAAUCGCCAAAAUCGUAUAAUUAAAUAUCUAUUGGACAGCAUGAACUCACACAGUGGCUAUUCAUUUGCCUACUUCUUUUGUGAAGCUUUGAAUUUUGCCAAUGUAGUGCUUAAUAUAUUUAUGGUUGAUAAAUUUUUGGGUGGUGCAUUCUUGACUUAUGGUACUGAUGUUAUAAAAUUCUCUAAUAUGGAUCAAGACACACGUUAUGAUCCAAUGAUUGAAAUAUUUCCACGACUAACAAAAUGUACAUUCCACAAAUUCGGUCCUGGUGGUUCACCACAGCGUCACGAUACUUUAUGUGUAUUGGCUUUAAAUAUAUUAAAUGAGAAAAUAUAUAUAUUUUUGUGGUUCUGGUUUAUAAUACUUUCCGUGAUCUCUGGUGUUGCUAUGCUAUACUCUCUUGCUGUCGUUAUGAUGCCCACUACACGUGAAACUAUACUAAAACGUUCUUAUCGUUCGGGACAAAGUAAAGAUAUACAAAGUCUCGUAAGACGUCUUGACGUGGGAGAUUUCUUAAUUUUGCAUUUCCUGGGACAAAAUGUUAAUACGAAGUCAUAUUGCGAAAUGGUGCAAGAACUAUGCAAUUUAGUGGGUACUUCUAGAACACCAUCAGCACCAUCUACCAUAGAAAUGCAUCCUAUGUAUCCAGAAAUUGACUAAUUUCGUCGAAACAACUGAUCCUAACCUUCUUACAUAGUAUGCUUCAGUUAUACUUAAAAAAUGCAAUCAAUGAUAGUUGUAACGAAUGAUUUCUCACUUAUUUUAAUAUGAUAAUAUUUAAAUUUAGAAGAAGGCCAUUAUUAUAAAGCAAUAAAUACUAUAUAAUAAAAAUCAAUAUAUUUUACAUUAAAUUCCGAUUAAGUAGAAUGUAAGUCCGCAAUUCUUUUAAAAUUUCUUUGCAUGCAGCAUUCAAUUAUUAUUACAAAUAAAAUAAAAUUAUAAAAUAAAAUAAAAUUAUAAUAAUGCAUUAAGGCUCAUUGUUUUUUGCAUUAAGCCUCUAAAUCGUUUAUACACAUUUGAAAUUCUUAUAAAUUUUCAAGGACAAGAAGAAUUUUAAAUAUUAUAUAAAUAUAUUAUUAUAUAAUAUAUAUAUGAAAAUUUUGUAUAUGAUAAAAUAUUGUAUAAAUAAAUACGACAGCUGUGCAAAACUUAUAAAAAAAUUUUUCUGAAAUUGAAAUAAAAAAAUUUAAAAAAAUGUU